AUGGCUGAGGAUACUCUCCGUACGUACGCCUCAGAUCUUUUCAGCGUGAUAGAAGUAAAUGCGGCAGGGGUGGUACCAGUCUCUAGUUGUGUGGAAACACUCUGUAGCCUUAACACAGACCUCACACGUGAGAAAGCCGAGGCGAUUGUGAAGGAAUUAAGACUUUCAGAUCGACGUAAUAUUGAUCGAAAUAAUUUUAUUACAGCUGUACUUCGGGCUCUGGAAUACAAAUCUUAUCAAAGUGCCAGAAGUGUUCUGCGUGAUUUGAUAUUACGCUUUCGAUUGACGUAUCGAAAAAAAUAUUUAAUGAUGGAUAUAGGAGCCAAUACACCAAUUCCAUCACUUACAGAGAAUCCAACUGUAGUAGCACUUUUUAAAGAAUUAUUUUCUUCAGCAUCACAUGGUAAACCCUAUAUUACCCGUUCACAAUUAGAAGAAUUAGUUCACAAUAUUCUUCCUGAUUCUCCGGCCAGUGCAUGUAAUCUUGUAAAGGCGGCUUUAUCCGAGGAUGAAAGUGAUAUGAUUGGAUUUUAUGAAUUUAUAACAGUAAUGCAGCCCAUCACAUCACGUCAAUCACUCAGUGAAUUAGUGGAACGAUUUCGUAGUCGAAGAGAAGCACGGAAAGAACAAAGUUCUCUCCCAUAUGCUUCAUUCCAUGGUAUACGCCCAUUAUCACAAUCUUCUCUAUCCGUAUUAUCAUCAUUAUCAUUAUCAGCAUCAGCAGUAAAAUCAGUAGCAUUACCUUUAACAGCAUCUGAUCCGAUGGAUAUGGAGUUACAGAUGUAUCGCCGUUGGGAUGCGGAAGCACAACGAGAUUUUGAUCAGGCAUCAUUUAAAGGAUUUAUUGGUAUUACAAAAACAACACCAUCCACUGUGGCUUCACAUGAUCGAGAAGUGAUAAUGGAUAAGAGAGAUUGUGAGAAGAAACUAUCUGUAAUGGAACGUGAGUUGAUACAUCUGCGGCGUGAGAAUGAGUCCCUACGUCAUGAUCUCCUUCUGGCACAAAUGCAAAAACCUUCUCUCCGUGUGGAGGAGGAUGGUCGUAUAGUGGAAUUGAGUGGUGAUGAAUUUUUCAAUAGAGAAAAUGCCAUCCUUCGUGAAGAACUUUCUGAAAUGAAAGAAUCUCUUCGUAUGUAUCAGGCCGAGAAUGAUCUUCAUUCCGAUAUGACAAAUAUAGCUACAUUACUUCGUAAGGGAGUUUCUUCAGCUGAAGUACUUCGUCGUGUUUAUCCAGAGGAGUCAACAUUGUUUAACCGCUACCAACAUCUUGUACGGAUGACAGAGAAAAGAAGAGAUGAUAUUGCUCCUCCAGGCUCAGCGGCACGAUUACUAAUAACACAACUUGAUCUUAUUAUACAAGGCUAUCAAGCUCUUUAUCGGAGAUUUCGCGAAAAUGUAGAAACAGAUGGUGUCUUAUCUACACCAUCUUAUUCUGCAAGGACUUCAUCCGCUAGUGUUAGUGAAAAGCCUAUCAGGUCAUUGCGACCCCGACGGGCUCCAUGGGUGGAUUGA